AAUGUAUCGAGCCAGAUAACCAUUUUGAUUCAAUUUUGGCUCUUGAUCUAGACUCUGGAAAGAUAAAAUGUAUCACCAACUAGGAGGCUAUGAUUUAUGAUUCUUGGCAUGUAACAAUCUUUCGACUCCUAAUUGUCCUUCGAGUCCAAACCCAGAUGCUGAUUUUGGAGAGGCACCAUUGAUGGUUAGCAUAAAUAGUAAUAAUACCAAACUAGAUAUUGCUGUUGCUGUUCAAAAGAGUGGAUUUGCAUGGGCUUUGUACCGCAACAAUGGCAGCCUCAUAUGGAGUAUAGAAGCUGGACCUGGUGGUCUUUAUGGAGGGGGUAACUGGGGAUCAGCCACUGACAACAAAAGGGUGUACACCAACAUAAUCAACUCUGAUGGCAAGAACUUCACUCUCAAACCGUCUCAGGCAACCACAACCGCUGGUGGAUGGAUGGCAAUGAAUGCUCAUAAUGGUGAAAUCCUGUGGUCCAUGGCCAAUCCAAGUAACGCUACUUCCUCCGGUCCUGUUACUGUAGCUAAUCAUGUGCCUUUUGUUGGAUCCACAAAUCCAAAAGGACCCAUUUAUGCAUUGAAUGCUAAAACUGGGGAUAUCUUGUGGUCUAAUGAAAUUGGUGCCACUAUGUUCGGAGGCAUGUCAGUGAGCGAUGGAUGUGUUUAUGUUGGCAAUGGAUACAGUUUUGGGUUGGGUAGCUUUGGUCCAUCUUACACUGCUGGAACAUCACUCUAUGCCUUUUGCCUCAACUGAUUACUCAUUGAGUAAAUCUCUAAACAUACGAAUAAAACUUUUAUGAGGCAUGAAACUUGCUAUUAUCUUAGAGGGUCCCAAAACCCAGAUAAGAAAGAAAAUGUGGACUGUAUAUAUGAUUCGUGACCUGAUGGAUUUACAGAAACAUAUGGAUUUGUUGGACAUUUGAUGCUACUUAAUUUCUUUGUAAUGGUGC